UAGUACUCUUCGUAAAUUUAUCACCACCAUUAACAUACAGGAUUAUCAGCAUCAACUCGUUGAUCCGAUCUACCUUUUGCUUUUUCUUCGGCUAUUAGCAGCACUCUAAUGCCGCGUGUGACGACACCAUCAUCGCCAAGUGUCCUACCCUCUUUUUUUCCUUGAAGGAAUUACAUUCACCCACGCGUUUCCAAAAAUAUGGUGGACUAAUACUAACAUAUCUCCUACGGACGCCGCCAUGUGGCAUGGAUCGAAUCGCGAAUCAAUGGAAGGAGGUUUCGAACGAAAUUUAAUCAAUUCAAAACUUAGUAAAAGUUUCCUAUGAGACAUCUAGACUCACAUUGAUAUGCUAAGAAUCAAUAUAUGCUAUAGGUUAGCAUCCGGCUUAGGUGUCAUCUCAGGUCCCACGUUCUUAUUACAUUUACCUGUCGUUGUCUUUAGCUUUUUAGAGCCUUCAUUUCAUCCAACUAUAGAUGUUAACAUUAAUGAUCGAUACUGUGCAACACAUCGCUUAACGCCGUUUGAUACCAUACAAAUUGCCGAUGCGGGGAACCCUACUAACCAAUAUCUUGUAAGUCCAUGAGCUUUCGACUUCUUUACGAGUUCGCCUCUGUCAAUUUCAUCUCUAAAAAUCCGAGGAUUUCGGCCUUACAUGUGAACAAUGUCCAACUCCAAAGUAGCCAUCAUCACUGGCGGCGCCUCAGGGGUAGGUCUAGCUACUUCUAGAGUGCUCUCCCAGAAUGGUUGGCAAGUACACAUCUUCGACCUAAACGAAACCAGCGAAAUUGCGGCGGAAGCUAGCCGAAGCAAUUGUACUUUCCACAGGGUUGAUGUCACUUCCUGGAAAUCCUUAUCAUCCUCGUUUGAUUCGGUCCUUGAGGCUGAGGGUCGACUUGACUUUGUCUUCGCGAACGCCGGUAUCAUGGAGAAGGGGAAAUUCUUCGAGAAACAUGAUACAUCCUCGCCACCGCCAGGGCUUGACGAAUCCAGCCUCGAUGUCAAUUUAAAAGGAGUCAUUAGGACGAGCUAUCUUGCACAACACUAUUUCCGGGCAAAUGUGUUUGGCGCCAAGGAUUGCGUCCUUAUCAUUACAUCAAGUAUCGCCGGCAUUUAUCCUCAAUCCAUUACACCUUUAUAUGCAGCAGCCAAGGCGGGCAUGUUGAACUUCAUGCGCUCGAUCGCCCCAAUCUUCUACAAUGAAGACGGUAUAAGAACAUACGCUAUCUGCCCCGGAUCCGUACGGACGAAUUUACUCCCUAAGGAGUUAUGGGAUGCGUAUCCACAACAAUAUUUGACUCAAAUGGAGAAAGUAACGUCCACGAUCGAGUCUCUAAUUAGUGGUACGCAAUUCGAGGAUUCUAACGGACAAACGUUCAAGAAGUCUAGGGUCGGUUUGGUUAUCGAAAUCUUCGUUGAUGAUGUGUACCUUAGAGAAUCUCCAGAACCGUGUAAUGCUGGCAUGGAAUUUGUCCUAGAAUUAAUGCGCCCAGGAAAGAAGGAAGACAAGUGAGGUUAGAAGUCCGGUGUCUUUAACUUGUACUGUCAUAUCUACAAUGAAAUAAUCCUUUACAGAGUUGGAAUGACUUACUAUAGACUCUAGUCGAUUACCUAAGCGUUC